AUGACUAAUCAUAUAAGUAAUACAGUAAAUAACACAGCAAAUAAAGCACAUUUCUCUGCUCCAGUGGUGCAGAGCAGGCUCGAACACCACCAUCUUCAACAAUUAAAACAUCCGGAAGCAAGACAUCAAUCUCAUAACCGGUCAAAGUCAUUAAACAGGGGGAAACGCGGUUUUUCGUAUAAUCAUCAACAACAACCAAAAGAGACAUCCUCCGUGUCAUCAUCCUCUACCGCGACCACCUCCCCCGCCACCGAUAUUAACUCCUUCCCUCGUCAUUCCAACAACAAAAAUUUUUCAAACUACAGCAAUAAUCGCGUCGAUAACUUUGAUUCGUAUCAUAGAGAACCAAAAAAUGUUGAUGGGUUGGUUGAGAAUGGUUCUGUCGGUCAAUUACAAAGAAAAUCAAGCACUUCAAGUAGACCCUUUAGAAGACAUCAGUACAGCGACUCGGUCGACGAAGAUAAAUUUAGAGUUACACCUAGUGUUUCGAUCCUCAAGAGACCUCAAUCCGCUACAGACUUUGUAAAACCUUCGAAAGCGUCUAUUUCUCUCGAUGCAACUCAAGAGCAACGCUAUGGCAAAGCUAAACGUGCUCAACGUCGUAAGGAAAUAAAAUCAAUGACCGAAGUCUUGGAAUAUAUCGAAACUGAUUUUUUGCAAAGUGCUAGCCCACCUCAACCAAUUACCAUCAAACAAUUUUCAGGUUCUGGCGAUGAAUCUGAUGUAAAUAGUAGUAAAUAUGUGAAGUCAGUGUCAUCAACUUUUAAUAAUAAUAAUAGUUUGUCUGGGUCUCCUUCACAAGCAAGCAACGCCGCCUUCCUCUUCCCCCCUCUUAAUUAUUCUAACGCUAUUAUUGCCCUUGAGGAAGGGAUGAAUAGUAAUAAGAGAGAGAACGUUUUCUCGAAUUCCGAUGAUAACGUUACUAUCAAGAGUCCUUCGGAUAGACCCGUAGAUAAAGAAUACAAGAGACUCUCGGAUAAUCAUGUUGAUUCUGCUCCACGCCGUCGACUUUCCAGCACUGCCAUCGAAUUACAAAGUCAAGUUUCUCGCUUCUCUGACUCUGAUUCAGUCACUCCACCCUCCGAAUCGAUCUUGUCGUCAACCCCUCCAACUGCCCGUAGACUUUCAAGUUCCCCGGGUAGACUUGGUGGCGCUCAUAAACUUUACGCCGGCCCCACCUUUCAUAAUUCACCCGCCCCAAGUGAUUUACCAAUGCCUUCGUUUUACAGUAAAUCUUUGGGUAAGGACCCAAGUCCUUUGUCAGUUGGUGGCAACAACUUGUUUACCGUUCCCGAAAAUAUGCCAUCCCCUCCAAAAGUUUACAAUGAUUCAAACUCCUCACACUCCUCACCAUCUUCGGGUAAUGCUUCUGACGACGACAUCUUUGCCAUGGACGACUUUGAACCAUCGAGUGCACCUUAUUAUCCAGAAACUCCCACUUUGAGAAAACAAAAAUCACAAGAACUUUUACGUAUUUUGGCAGCUGCCAAUGCCCGUCAACAUCAAACCGCGGCAGCCUACAUGGUUCCUGAACGUAUGGCUACUGCCCAUCAUCCAAUGAAAGUUUAUCCCGCGAAUAACGGUUUGAAUUUGAAUGAAAUUUCUGAAACUUUGAGAAAUAUGUUGAAAAUUCAUGGGCAAUAA